UUUCUUUCCCCAUCUGAGACUGCAUUGUUUUGUAGUCUGCACUCUGCAGUGUUUGGUUUCUGUGUUCAUCUAAUGAUCCUUGGAUUGAUAGGUCUGAAAUUGAAAACCCUGGUAACACUCUCUACGUGACCGGCCUAUCCACAAAAGUCACUGACAAGGAUGUUGAAGCACAUUUCUCCAAGCAAGGAAAUGUGAUAAGCAUCUAAACCCUGAUCCUCCUUCCUGAUUAGUAUGUUUCGCUCUGCGUUUUUUUUUCAAGCAUAGAAUCAUUACUCAUGUUGUUAAGUGAUUUUCAUUACCACAGGUUGCGUCCUGCGUUCUAAUGCUGGACCCGCACACCCGUGAGUCUCGUGGUUAUGCCUUUGUUACAAUGGAUAGUCUUAGAGAUGCUGAGCGGUGCAUUAAGUAUCUCAACAAAACUUUACUAGAUGGCAGAUACAUAAAAGUCGAAAAGUCCCAUAGAAAGCGCCCUAGAACUCCCACCCCAGGACAAUAUAUUGGCUUGAAACGCUCCAAAGACAAUGAAAAAGACGGAGAUGGCCACAGCAGUCGAGGGAAGCACAACGAUCCUGAUGAUUCUGGACACCGUUGGUUACCAAGACGCCACAAUUCACCUCGUGAUGAAAGGAAGUCACCAAGACGCGACCAUUCACCUGGUGGUGGAAGAAGCCCAGAGAAAAGUAGGGAGAUUCUGUUGGAGACAGUCAUGGUUUUGCACAACACAAUGAAGUGAAAAUUACACUCUUGGGAUGGUUUGAUAUCUGCAUCAGGGGCUCACGAUCUCCUGCUCCCAGAAAAGAACAACAGAGGUCCGUGUCCAGACCGAGGUUGAGAUCCAGGUCCAGUUCCAUUCAGAGGGAAAGGUCAAGAUCUUUGGCAAGGCCUAUUAUAUCUCCACCAAGAAACCUUACAAGGUUAGUUAUUGCGUUGAGUUUAUGGGGCUGAAAAAGAAGAAGCAAAUAUCUGGAGCGACCUAUCCCCAAUAGUCUCGGACAAGGAUCUUGAAGCACCUGCGUGGACACCGUAGUGUCACCAAGGCGCGACCAUCAUUCACCUCGUGGUGGAAAAAAGGUCUGAGAGAAGAUACCAAUUGUGUAUAUACCAUAUAAAGAUCAGAAUAACUCCUCUUGCGUAUUUCAUUUGUGAUUGUUAUCGUUACGAUUCAAAUCAGAUAAUACUGUUGCAAGAAAACCUAUAACAAAGCAUUGUUAUUAGAAAUAAAAAGAAGAAGCAUUGUUUUAUUUUUA